UAGGUGUUGACCGAAUAGCCAAAUUAAAGUUUGUAUAUAGCUGACGAGAUGACAUUUACCGGAGGAGAUGUUUACCAGUUCAGCUUUGAGCCGAGAGAUUAUUUAUCUUCAUUUUGCAGUUUUGGGAAGGGGAGAGAUGAUAUAUUAAAUUUCAGACUCCAGAAAUGUUUUGAGGCCUUUAAAUCUGGUGACAUAGGAGGUGAUGUUCUGAUUGACAUUGGAACUGGACCCUCUAUCUACCAGCUUCUCUCUGCAUGUCAAGCUUUUAAAUCUAUAAUUGCGACAGAUUUUACUGACAAGAACCGUCAGGAACUUGAGAAGUGGCUAAAGAGAGAACCAGGAGCAUAUGAUUGGUCAGAUUUCUCAAAGGUUGUUUGUGAAUUGGAAGGAGACAGAGAGAAGUGGAGAGAGAAAGAAGAGAAGCUAAGAUCUACCAUAAAGCAUGUCCUCCGGUGUGAUGUGACAAAGAGUAACCCGCUGGAUCCAUUAGUGAUCUCUCCUGCAGAUGGUUUGAUUUCCACAUUGUGCCUGGAAACAGCUUGUAAGGAUAUUAACAGUUACCGGAGUGCUCUGAGGAAUAUCACCUCGUUACUGAAGCCAGGAGGCCAUCUGGUGCUCAUUGGGGUACUUGGAGAUAGCUUUUAUAAAGUUGGUCAGCAAACUUUCUUCUGCCUGCCCCUGGAUGCACAGACAGUGAGAGGCGCUGUAGAAGAUGCUGGUUAUACCAUUAAGGAGAUGGACGUGUUCUUGAUUCCUGACGUGGCUUCACAUCUCGACAUUACUGAUAGCUAUGGGAAUUUUUUUCUCGUUGCAAGGAAAGAAGCAAAGGAUUAAAUUCAUAAUGUAAUCCUUUGCUUUAAUUUAAUAAUUUAAUGUGUUUAAUUACCUAGGUUUGUUCAUGCCUAACUAGAUAAAAAACAUAUUUUAUUAAUUGUUGAUGAGUAGACUGAUUUGAUAUUUUUAAACAAUAAAUCACAGCAAAGCCCCUGAAAGGCUUUUCACACUCUUCUGUAUAAGGACAUUUCCCUGGUGUUCCCAGAAGAGUGACAAAAUACAGAAAUUCCAGGAUGACAGAAGAGUAGAUCAGAACAGGAAAACAGUCAUUGUGUUUUAAUUUCUAUUAUAAUAAAACUUAAUUUUCUUUA